AUGUCUCUCCAGAACGUCAAACACAUCACGCUCGUGCUGUCGGGCAAAGGCGGCGUGGGCAAAUCCAGCGUCACAACCCAACUCGCGUUAUCGCUCUCGCUGCAAGGCCAUUCAGUCGGCGUACUCGAUGUCGACCUCACUGGACCUUCGAUUCCGCGCUUCUUCGGUAUCGAGUCCUCGAAAGUUACGCAAGCACCGGGAGGAUGGCUCCCCGUGCCGGUUCAUGAAGAGCAAGCAAAUGGCGAACAAAAGAUUGGAAAACUGAGCUGCAUGUCCUUGGGCUUUCUGCUGGCAAGCAGAGGAGACGCAGUAGUGUGGCGUGGACCCAAAAAGACGGCUAUGGUCAGGCAGUUCCUAUCGGAUGUACAGUGGGGCCCGCUGGAAUAUUUGUUGAUCGACACGCCGCCCGGGACAAGCGAUGAGCAUAUCUCACUGGUCGAGACGCUGUUGAAGAAUGCUACGCCUGAACAGUUAGCGGGCGCGGUUGUUGUCACCACGCCACAAGCGAUCAGCAUCAGCGAUGUUAAGAAGGAAAUCAACUUCUGUAAGAAGACGGGUGUCAAGGUGCUUGGCGUUAUCGAGAACAUGGCCGGCUUCGUAUGCCCGAACUGCUCGGAGUGCACGAAUGUCUUCUCAAAAGGCGGUGGUCAAGCUAUGGCUCAAGAGUUCUCGGUGCCAUUCCUUGGAAGCGUGCCAAUCGAUCCUAUGUUCAUCCGACUCAUCGAAGAGGGCAAGCGACCAGUGUACCCGGAAGGGACCAUCAUCGAAGGCCAGGACAUGCAAGCCAAGAACAACGAAAACGACAUCGAAGGAUUGCUGGUUGAAAAGUACGAUUCAUGCUCUCUCAGUCCUAUCUUCAAAGGCAUCACCAAGGAAAUCACUACAGGAAUUGAGCCGUGA